AUGGCCUAUAUUUGGGGCACUGGGGAGCAGCAGGCAUCUGGACUGGGUAGCUCUCAUAUCUGCGCAGUGCCGGCCCUCUACUGCCCCAGCUUUGGUAUAGGACUGAGGGAGAAGCCGGAGCUUGCACACCCAGUGGCCAGUGGGGCUGUCUUCCCAGCUCCUCCUCAGGGCUUUCCUGUCAGUGCCAAGCCAGUUCCCCAGCCAGGUUUCCAUGUGUCAUUUGCCAGCGUGUGGGAGCUCUGUGCGUGUGUGACGGUGUUUGUAGAAGAGGGCAGUUUCCUUUCGAAUGGCCUCAGGAAGGGAAAAGAGUGCUCCCUUCAGCCCCCAGGUAGCCUUGGCCAGGAAUAUGGGCCGAGGAGAACAGUCUGUGGAGCUGACCAACUUGCGGCAUCCACUCGAAAUAGCAGAGACCCAGUCACGCCUACUUCCAGUUCUCCUUGCCCUCAGUAUUUGGUUAUGUACACCAAAGAUGAUCUGGCCCAUCUUCCUCCCAGAGGCACAACAGUAAUGCGUUCCUCUGUCAGCCUGUGAAGGCAUGCAGGGUUCUGAAGCCACAGACUCAGUCUCCCCAAGUCAGCAAUCUCUUUCUCUCUCUCUCCUCAAACUUCAUCGCAUUCAUAGAAGCUGCUUGCAGGGUCGCCGGGCUAACCAGGGUGAUCGGCGAACUUUGCCGUACAGUACCUCAGUCUAGCUGUCAGAUCAUCCCUUUUGCUGUAGCCUCUGUUGGGGUUUUUAUAUUUGUGAUCAUUGGUAAUUCGGUGUCUUCUGAAGUAGGCACAGCUCCCCACAGAGAACAAGUUGUCAGCAGGUCUCUGUGCACUGGUGUUGGGGCAGGGCAGUGCCCUGGGGGUGAGCGAGGUGGCUCAGGGCAGAAGGGCCCUGUUCCCCCCCUCCCUCUGCCAAAAAGACUUCCUCGGAUUUGUAGACGUUGACCCAGAGUCAUCUGUCCCCUCCUGAAGAGAAUUUUCUUACUGGUUUCUACUGAAGGGGAGGUAGGGGAGGAGGAGAAAAGGACCAUGUGUGAUGCUGUUAGACAAGACACUGAUGCUGAUUAUGGAGGGUCUCCUGCAGGCCCUUGUGGGCUCCUUGGCAAGGCCCCAGGCUGGGAAGGAGCUCCCCCCACGGCCCAUCCUGCCCUCACUGUGGUGGGUAGAGUCAAUGACAGGGAGGCAGCCCUCCUAUUGUGUAUAUGGAGUGGGCUGAUUUGGGCUCAGGAAAACCUAGUCGCUUGUUGCUCUUGUCUGUGACAUUUUUGUACACUGGUUUGCUACUCAUGGCAAGAAACAGACAAAACCCCGUGAAAAACAAAACAAAACAAAAGUCCUUUCAAACAAAGCUGUUGUUUUGAAAACUCUUUCUUUUGGUGUCCAUUUUUGUGUUCUAUUUUAAAGAAUCUUUCAUUUAUAUUGGUAUUACUGUAGUGAAGAGAAUACGAUAGGCUGAUCUGUAAUGGUUUCUGCCAGGAGCUUAGCAAAUGCCUCUGCCCCUCUUCCCCUACCCCUGUCCUUCCUCAAUUCCCAGCUGGGAUUGCUAUGCACUGGGCAGACCCCUCACUGUCUCCCCUGAACCCCCACACAGUGGCUUCCCUUAGAACCAGUCUUUAUACUCUCCCUAAACAGCAGCAGGCUGAGGAUUUUUGUCAGGCUGGUUCUUGAGUGCUCUGUGCCCCCACCAGUUUGCUCACCUCUUGGGGCAUUUUGUAAUAUGUUUUCUCUGUCUUGUAAAACCUUUUGAUUGUACCGAAAUGGUUUCUGCAGUCGCCUUUGGAAAUAAAUGGUCAUUAAUUUGUGUACUUAGCAUUCUGAAUUUUAGUCUCAGGUGUUUCUGUUGUUGAAGAUCCUUGAAUGAAAAGGAACCCUCACCAUGGGGCUUACUGUUAUAAUGUUUUUUAAUUUACUGUUAUUAAAAGAUAUAUGAGAA